AUGCUUCGGAUGCUUUCUCACGGACGACCCAGUUCCCGUUCUUUUCCGGUGCACUCGCUUUGUAUCUCCGACACACAAGGAAGGACGCGGUGGGAAGGAAGCAGCCCUAGCCUCUGUCCGGCCGAUCAUUCCGUUGGCAUCUCGCAUUCACGCCCUCGUUUUACUGCCGCUCAGGGAUGUAGUUGUAGAUACGUGAGUCUUAGUGGGUCGUUGGCUCCACCAGUUAUCUCCUUCUACGACAUGCUGUUGUCGUCGCCAUAUUCCAUAUGUCACUUAGUCAUAUCUGCCUCGCUGCGGGUCAGCACCUCCGAAAGAAACGGAGGACUUCAUUCAGUGACUCCGCGAUUGCCCUCUGAACGAUCAGAAUAA